AGGUUCUGGUUUUACUUUGGUCCAGUUGACUAAAAUUAAUUUCCGUACCUUUUUUUUGUGUUAGGUGGAUGCUACAAAUCUGCUGGGUAACACCCCGCUACACAUUGCUUGUCUUAAUGGUCAGGACAUUGUGAUCACUGAACUCAUCAGCUAUGGUGCUUCUGUCAAUGCCACUAACAAAAAAGGCAUGGUAAGUGGUAUUUAUAGGACAUACAGCUGUUAUGGGAUAAAGCAGUGUCCAACAGUGUCCUGGGGGUGGAGGGAGGGGUACUCACUAACAUUGUAUAUCCAUGCGGGUAUGUAUGGUCCCAAUUAAAGGAUGUGGUUAUAAAUUUUAACUGUUUAGGACGGAAAUGGGGUAUGGAGUUUUGAUGUCUGAAACCAGGAUCUCUGACUAGGUUUUCUUUAUCAAUGGUCUUUUGAGAACAACGGGUCAUGUAUUUUUUUUAUUGUUGGUGUGAAAUUUGUAGGGGUCAGUUCAAAAAGCUCAAACUGCAUGUGGACAUACAAUGUAAGCAUUAGUACAGUACAUCUGUACCUACUACAUACAUGUAUAUACAUCUAUACCAUGGUUAUUGGGUUAUUCUUGUUCGUUGUAGACUCCAUUACAUUAUGCUGCUGUGUCAGGGCAAGGUGAUGUGUGUCUUGAACUGCUGUUAAAAGAUGGUGCAAAUCCAAACUUGCAGGUUUGUUGUGUGUUGCCCUCAUUGUCAGUGAAUAAAUUAUUUUUUUAUGGUGGAGAGUUUGUAAUGGUUAAACUUGUAUUUGAAUUCUGUUAAGUGUAAGAGUGGGAGAACGCCUCUUCAUUAUGCUGCCUUGUAUGGUCGCUGCUCAAGAGCUCAAACGCUUCUGCAAAAUGGUAAGAGCUUUAUACUGCAUCCCUUGUACUGAAGAUAACUAUUACAGUGUAGGUAUAAUACAAUCAAUUAUCUGCUUCCUUAACUCUAAAGAGUUUCCUUGAGACAAUCUGACCUUUUGUACAAUCUAAUUAUUGUUUUCUGUUUUCCUGAAUUCAAAUCCUCGGCUGUGCUUGAAAAUAGCGAGUUUCCUAUUCCCAUGUAAGUACAGGUGUACCCAGUUGUUUUCCAGAUUUUAUAGGAAAGGUGGAGCAAUUUUUAGGAUUGUAAUAGAAAUUCAGUGAUUUUGUGAUGAUUCAGGGAAUGUUGUAAAGGUUAAGCAAAAAUAUGAAAAUUCCUUUCAUCUUCAUGAUUUAUUUAAGACAGGUUGCUUACAUUUUUCUCGUCCCUGCAACAUGCCUAUUUGACCAUUUUCUGGUUCUCUGGAGAUAAGAGAAUAUUAUUAAUACAGUUGAACCUCCAUGUGUGACCACCUCCCAAAAGUAACCGUGAAUCCAAAAGACCAAAGUUUUCCAGUCAAAGCCUUACAGUUUGAACCUCUAGUAACGGACCACUUUUUGAGCCUAAGGGUCAAUGAUUUUCCAUUGUUUAUUGAUCACUUGAUGCAUUCUCUGAUCUCCAUGUUCACUGUGUGCACUAUGCUAACUAGAAUGUAUGAUAUGUACAAAGAACUUUAUUAACAACAUGGAACUACAGAUCUGAUUAAGCUAGUAAAAACUGUUGGGGUGGACAUAAUUAUGUGUUAAAGUGUGCCAUUAAAGAGUUUUCACAAUACAGUAUUAUUAAAGUUGAACCUCUUGUAAGCAACCACCCAAAAUGCAAAGAUGUGGAAGGUGGUCGCUUACAAGAAGAGGUCGUGGCACACCUAUUUUAUGAGAGAUAAUUUAUUGCAUGCAAUUUCUAAGUCACACAAUGUGACAAGAUUGACGAACCCUAAUUUAACAUUUGACAGUACACCUCAUUUUGUUUGUUUAUUAAGGUUGUUAUGUGGAUGCAGCAGACAUACGAGGUAACACUCCUUUGCAUAUAGCUGCUUUACAUGGUCAAGAAUUACUACUGAGUGUUCUGUUAGCCAGUGGAGCAACCCAUGCUAGGUAAGGGUUCUUUGGUUGCUAGUUUUAGUGUUCAUACUGUCACACCUGUAUUAAGAAGGCACCCUGAGUUACAUUGUAAUAUGUGUCCUGCGAGGGAAGCUCCUGUUUUGGGGGGAGAGCAAAGAAAGUUGUGUCUGACAGCCCAUUGCUGGUGGGUUUUGUGAUCGGGCUAGUGAAUUCUGUUUUUAACUUAUACUACAGGGAAGUGAAGGUUUUUGGAAGAAUUUGAAUUACAGAAGAACUCAAGUCAAAUUGUUUAAAUUCGUGAUGAAAUAAUUCAUGUAGAUCGAAAGCGUUCUUUCAAGCUGACCUGGUGGAGUGAAAUUAUUACAAUUAUUAUUGCAAUGAAUUGAUAAAACAAAUAAUAAUAUUAUUAAUUCACCACUGGUGUAAUUUACCUGUAUCAAUCAGUAAAUAUGUAUUGAUUAUCAAUCCUGCUUGUCAAACAAUUUUUUUCCAGCUAGCUAAAAUGACUCUUGGGCUAAUACAGGCAAGCUUAAUGAAUCUUCUUUGCAUACUUAGAUAGAAGUCUAAUGUGUACUUUGUAUUAUUUUUUGUAGACGGGGUUCAUUUGGAAUGUUACCUCUUCACAUGGCAAGCUUAGGUGGACAUACAGACUGCUGUAGGAAACUUAUUUCAUAUGGUGAGUAAUCACUGAUCAGCUGUUAUAUAAGUUGUGUCAAUGGGCAAGUAGUUCAUCAUUAAACAUAAAAGAAAUACAAAAUUCAUCUUUCUAAAGCCUUGCUGUUAUUUAACAAUUAUUCCUCGAGCCCAAAUGAGCUCUGAGUCAAUAACCCAUGAGGCCAAAGGCCAAAUGGACUAUUGACUUAGAGGCCAUGAGGGUGAGAGGAAUAAUCUUAUUGUUUUAGUAAAAUCCAACUAGUUGGUCAAAAAUAUUGAGACAAAACAACUUUAGCUAGCAAUACGUGAUUCAGCCACCACUGUUUUGGUUUUCAAAGCCAGCGUUUUUGGCUACUAGUGGGCUAUAACACAUAGCCUUGUAGUAGCUCAACCAAUCAGAAUGCAGCUUUGGUAAUAGACCACUAUUUGGUUUUAACUAAAAAAAAAUUACCAGCAGUCACCAGUAGAGGAAAUAUAAAUCAUAGUAUCUUGUACAUACCUCUGAGUGACUGAAGCAUUCUCUUUCUAUUUCUAGGAAAUGAUGUAAAUGCAAAAGAUGAUAAUGACCACACAUGUGCUCAUGCUGCUGCAUGUAGUGGGUAAGUCACACACAUUAUUUGUAUCAUAUACAUUGUAAUACAGUCAACUCUGACCAGGAUGGACAUUGUUGGAAGUGGCUCCAACUGUCCAUCUUAAUGAAGGGUCUGUCUUAUGGAGAGGUUGGCUGAAGUAAAAGUGACUGAAAAGGCAGGAAGGGGCCUCCACCAAGUGUGUGUCUUUUAAAAAUGUCUAUCCUUGUGUAAGUGUCCAUAACAGUACAAUAUGAAUUUACUGUUGUGGAGUAGUUAAUAGUUUGAACUGAGAAGUCAUUUCAUAGGUUGGUGGAGUAUGAUCAUCUAGUUGAUCAUAAUAGGACUGUUGGUGACAGUGAGUGAUGUUUAGACAACCUGCCUGGUAGCCAUCUUCAGUGACAAAGUGCAUUGUAUCAUAUCAGUUUAUGGUAUUGAACUCUGGUUAUUGGCCUGAUUGGUCAAUUAAGUGGCAAUGUUAUUGGUCGUCUGUUGUCUAUCGUCUGCUGUGAUGUUAUUGGCUACAAAGACUCUCAAUGUGAUUGGUGUGUCUCAAUCCAUCUUUUGUUGCAGUUGCUUGAGAUGGCUAUUAUGAAACUCCAUCAAGGGGAGCUAACAUUGUUUUGUCAAUUACUGGCUUUCUUUAACUUUACUCAUUAGGGGUGGUGCUUUUUUGACUGUCAGUAAAUGCUUCAAUGAUAUUGUUAUCCUAGGAAUGUUGAAUGUCUAGGACUUCUGUUGCACAAUGGUGCUGACUUGACUGCUGUUGAUAAACUGGGAAGGUAUGUACUUUGAAGAUUUUCCAUUUUCCAUACAAACAUAAUAUUUUAUUGGCUUGUCAACACAAAGCUUUUCAGAGUCAAUGUUACAAUAGUAACGUUGAAAAACACAGUUACACACAGAAAGCUAAAAACCUCAAAAAAUAAUUAACCCUAAUUUAUGAAUUAGGGCUAGGAAACAAAGGAAAUUGAGAAUCAACCUAGGUUAAGUCAAAAGUAACCUGAAAUCAAAUUUGACCUGUAACAUGUACAAAUGAUUAAAGUUAUUAUUGAUAAUGUUUAUACUGUAAAGUUUGGAAAGUAAUGACCCUUGUUACUUUCAGAUUUAGCAGCCUUUUCCUAUCAUACUUUCUGAUGAUACCCAAUCACAUCAGUGAAUUUAGCUGGUUGUAAUUAAUGUUAACAUUGUUGUCAUCAUAGGAGCGCUCUUCACUAUGCAGCAGGUCAUGUGCAUUACUUGUGUGUGAAGUCCUUAGUGGCAUCAGGUUGCAUUGUAAAUAAAGUUGAUACAAGGGGAUGCACACCGCUUCACUAUGCCUCUGCUGCAGAUAAAGAUGCCAAGUAAGCAAUGCCGCCAUUUUUUACAACAUUCAUCCCUUUUGUUGUUAUAGAGUUACAAAGACAUCGCAACCCUUUUUUACUUACUCUCAAGCAAACAUGCCUCUGGGUCAAUCAGAGCAUGUGUAGCCCAGGGGAGUACUCUGGAUUUCAAGUGACAGGGAUGAUUGAAUGGGGGCAAAAAUCAAACCCCCCAAAACUAUCUGUACCAAAAUGUAACCCCCCCAAAAAUCCCAUGCCCAAUUCCAGAGCCAUAAAAUUUCCAGAAAGCAUGAAAUGAUAUAACUAUAACGAAUCUUCAGAUUGUUUUGAAUACCCCAAAAAUUCCCUACUUAAAUCAAGCUGCCUAAAAAAAUACUUGCCAAAAUUUUCCUACCCCCAAAAAAUCCCGAAUUCAAAAUUUCAAACCCAAAAAAACUCUUUGGUCAUCCCUGUCACUUGAAAUCUGGUGCACCCCCCAUGGGGCAUUUGCUAUCUUAUAAAUGCAGAAUUUGCCUCUAUGCGGUGAAUGCAAUAAUGUUAGUUGUGUUAAUUUCCUGUUCGUUGCAGAUGUGUGGAACACUUACUAAGAAAUAGAGCUAAUGCUAGUAAAAGGGAUAAACAAGGUUACAGUCCAGUACACUAUGCUGCUGCUAAAGGACAUAAACUGGCACUAGAAAUGGUAGGCUUGGAAAUUAAAUGCUGUAGGUGUUAGCAAUGUGAAUGACAAAGGUUUGUAGUGUCUUGAAAACCCUUGAAUUUUAGAAACCUUUUUUUAAGUCCUUGAAAUCGUCCUUCCUUCCUUUGCCAUUAACCGCAUAAGAAUACAACACAGGGUGCAAAGAAAAUAAUUUUAUUUACAGCUUGCCUUUUGGGCAAGCUGAAGCUAGCAUUUACUAGCCCAGACACCAUUUCAACUAGCCCCCAAAACUUUUUGACCAGCAGAAUUGAUUUCACAGUUCUUCUGUUAUUCGAAUUCCUCAUAAAACAUCACUUGUCCAUCGGGCAAGUUAAAAACAGAAUUCACUAGCCCGAUAGCAAAAUCCACCAGCCCCAGGCUACUGGACACUACUUUCUUUGCACGCCUACAACAACAAUAAACAUUAAAGAUAAUAGACACUAUUCUAACUAAAUUAUUUACAAAAUGGUUGUGAAAAGGAAGGCUAUAUAGACGCUUAUACACUAUAGGUUUCCUAGCAAUAUAGGGUAAACCAUGUGAGUUAAGGGUACUGAAUGGAAAAUUUAUUGUUUUUAAAAGUAAAGAAAAGAAGAGAAGAAAAGGUAUGUAACUCAACAAAGAGUACACUUGACUAAGAAAGAAGGAAUUAUUCAUUCAUUCAUUUUGGUCCUUGAAAUCCUUGAGGGACAUUUUCAAAACUCCAAAAAACUUUGGCACAUAGUAAUAAAAUCUUAAAGAAAUGAAAGUCAGGUGUCUCUGAAAUAGGAAAAAAAAUGCAUGAUCACUUCUGUAUACACACCCAACUUUUUAGUAAAUGUUACCUCUCCUUCAAACUCCUAUAAUUAUUCUGACAUAAUGUAUUAAUAUCGUUUUAGUUAUUAGAUGUAGCUGCAACAGAUCUUUUAAAUAAAAUCACAGGCUUUCCAGCAACAACUCCACUUCACUUAGUGGUAAGUUACAGUAAACAGUGAAUUGAAAGUUACUUAUUUUAUAUUAAGGGUUAUGAGUGCCAGCUUAAUGUUCCCUGCCCUGCCCCUCCUAUACUGUGGCCCAAAUGCUAAAACACAAAGUCACUUCCAGUUCCUUAUCUCUAAGCAUCAUAAGAUAAUAUCACCUGAUUUUCAUGGCCCUAGCGGGAACAGCUUUUUACUUUUUUCGUAAUGUAUAAUAUAGUGUCUAGUUCUUGGAAGUUGUGGCAAUUUGUAUAGGUAAUAGCAUGAUCUGUAGUGAUAUUUGACAUAAAUACCACGAGUGAUAUUUCAAAAUUGUUAUACGUAAUUUCACGAGCCUUUAGGCGAGUGAAAUUUGAGACAAUUUUGAAAUAUCACGAGUGGUAUUUAUGCCAAAUAUCACGUCAAAUCAUGCUAUUAUUUGUUUAUACUACUACCCUUAGAAGGUUUGUAAUUUUCACAUGUAGGUAUUUCAAAUUAAGCUGAAAUACCACUGCUCUAAGCCAAUCAAAUUGCAGUAAUUUUUCAUGUAGUAGUAUAAUAGCAUUAAUUACCAACUAAUCAUUAACCCUUUAAGCCCUAAGAGUGAUCAGCAUCAAAUUUCUCCUUUUAAUAUCAAUGCUUUGUAAAACAGAGUGGUCAUGAGAAUUACGGACAAGAUAACACAAGAUGAAUUUGCCUGAUAUUUUAUCAACUUCUCCCCACUAUUUUUGUAGCAGAUGAAUAGGGGUAACAAAUGAGAAUUCAAAUUUACGCCUUGAAGGGGCUAUGUCACGAGGAUAUUGUUGUUUUAGGUCGAUUCUAUGCUGAAGUCAAUACUCAAUGGCUUUUCCGAAGCACAAAAUGCUCUGUUAGAGAUAUGAAGAAGAUAUCAACCAAUUUUGGUCAGGGAUUACUAAUCAUAAUAAUCUUUUUUUGGUGAUACGUGUAUCGCAUGAAGACUUGAAAAAGUUGGGCCAGUCCAUGUCCAUCCUUCUCAUCUGCUACAGCAGAAGAUGAAAAACAGUUUUAAUGCCUGACUGUAAUCUGGACCAUUAUUUUUGGAAUUCAAUUGAUGGGAAGACGAAUUUUGGCUUUUUAGCAAAUAACACAACAUAACCUUUUUAUAACUGUACGGAAAGAACAGAAAAUCCAAAAGGGACAUGGGUGGUGAAACAUUUUUAAACAAAUUCAUUUUUGUAAAAAUAACUUCAAAAUGGUUCUCUGCUGCAUUUAUGUAUUGUUUAGUUUACACUGUACUCUUAGCGAGAAAUUUUUAGUCCUUUUACUGAGGAUGUUUUCUUCAAAACUUUGAGCUGUAAAAAGCUGAAAGAUAAUUUCAGAAUGAUACCUUUGGAAUAUUUGAACUGAGAAAUCAUUGUGGCUCUUUUGUUUGUCGUGUAGGCUUAUCAUGGCCAUUUUCAAGCUCUUCAAGUUCUUUUAGAGUCUUUUCUAGACAUUGAUAUCAAGGAUUCUAAUGGUAAGUUGAAUUUUGGUGCUUUUUCACCCUUUAAAUUUAAUGACUAGAUUAAAAAACUAGAUAAUUUUAUCUAGACAUUUAUUAUUUUUUUUAUAGGUCAUACUCCACUUUAUUUUGCUUCUUUUCAAGGACACGCGUAUGUAUCAGUAUUAAUUUUAUCCCUUAUGAUUAUGGCCUUGUGGUUGUUUCCAUUUACAUUCAAUUAUGGUACAGUUUUUUCAGAUGAGUGGGUCUUGUGAAAAGGUUGUCCUAUUUUGCUCGGUUAGGAUAGAAACACUUUUCUUCAACCGGAAAUUUCCAUUUAAAUUUUGUGCUAUAUUUUGAUAAAAUGUUAAAGAUGUAAAACAGUUGAUUAUGUCAAUACUUCAUAAACUAGAAAGAGUUUUUGUGAUAAAAGCAGCGAGUGAACGUGUCUAAGUAACGGGGUCAUUUGCUGUAAUGCUCACUGUUGAAUUUGCUGUAGUUUAUCGACCUGGGGCAUCAUCUCGGUUCUUUACUUUAUUGUACCUGUCUUGAAUGGUGUAGAGCCACUUUUGUGAGACCUUGUGAAACCUGUCACUCCUCUCAAAUUAAGCUCCUCUAAGCUCCUUAGUUGUUGGUAUGAGUGCUUUUCGUUCUGAGAUUACCAAGAUUUACCUUCAAUUCGUGCAGCUUCUGCUUGACAUAAAGUGUUUUAAAACCUUUUGCUUGGUUCCCUUACUAGUCCGGAAUGACAAAAUGAUUGUCUCCUCUGUUUUCUUUUGCAGUGAAUGUGUCGAAUGUCUCUUAGAACAUAAUGCCAAAGUUUUAGUUUAUGACAAUGUUACAAAGAGGACACCGCUACAUGCUGCAGGUAAAGAUUUGUAAAUACAGCACUGCUUCGUUAUUUGCAAUAAAAAGAAUGAAUGUGUUUGAGCAUUUUUAUAAGAAAGUUCAUGUGUGUUCAAUUUUUGUAUAGAUACCCCUGGCCCUUGUUGAGUCCAGACAGUAAAAAGUUUGUUACACAGUCGAACCCCAACUAACCUUAACGGCCACCUCUCUACAACGGCCAUUUUUUUGUCGGACAGUCCAUACAUUCACUCUUGUUCCAACUUAUAAGGAAGUUCAUGUGUGUUCAAUUUUUGUAUAGAUACCCCUGGCCCUUGUUGAGUCCAAACAGUAAAAAGUUUGUUACACAGUCGAACCCCAACUAACCUUAACGGCCACCUCUCUACAACGGCCAUUUUUUUGUCGGACAGUCCAUACAUUCACUCUUGUUUCAAGCUCUCUACUCGGCAACGCCCACCUCUCUACAAUGGCCACUUUCUCCUGUCCCCAAGAGGCCUUUGUAGAGAGUUUCAACAGUACCUUCUUUUGGUUUGCAGCUUAUAAUGGGCACACGGACUGUUUAAGACUUCUUUUACAAUACAGCCAAACAGAGGUUGCGAUAGACUGCGCAGAUGCUGAAGAAAGGUUAGUUGUAGGUUCUUUCAGUUCAUUUUGUCUUAAGUUGAAGAAAUUAACUGUUCGGGACAACUCUAGCAAAGUAGCGAACAUCGGAGUAUGAAUCAAGACUAAAAAGAAAUAUGCUUUGGGAUUGUUCACACAAAUCUUGGCCCUGACUUUCAAAUAUGGAUCAAGGUCAUCCAUUCAUUUAUUCAUUUCUAUUGCGCAAAUUCAACUGAAGUAGCUGAUACUGAUUAAUCAGACUGCUAUAAAAGUCUCUUCCUUUGGCAAGGGGACCCGGUGCUCUGAAACUGUAAAAUCUAGGGUGUCCACCAUAUGAUUUGUAUGAAGAAACUAAGAUCUCCUAGUCGCCAAAGAGUAAAAGUUUGCUUUAAUAUUUAGCAUGUUUUUCUUCAGAUUUAGUCGGGGCAGUGCACGCGAAGGCGACCGUCGAGCGGCGAAUCAGUGAGACGCAAGAAACGAGGUGUCACGCCUUCAGUCACGUGUGUGGUCAUUUGCGUGUCUCGCGCGUUUUGCUCGACGGACCUAGAAAAAAGAGAGACUGCUCGUAGUCUAUUUUGUCAGACCCUCUAUCUGUCCAGCAGAGCCAACCUGAGUGUUUCAACCCAUUGUCUGUUGGUCUGUUGGUAAUAAUGUGCUCUACGUUUUGUUCUCUUUACAGGACUCCUUUAAUGGCUGCAGUCGGCAAUGGAUUCGUGGACUGUGCCAACCUGUUACUCAGUGAAGGCGCCAAUAUGUUAGCCUUGGAUAUGUAUCAUCGAAGUGCUCUUCACAGAGCUGUAAGCAGCAGCAAGACCUUUAUAAUAUAACUUUCUUGACUUCUUUCUUCCGUAAUUGUUUUGUUCAAAAAAUUAGGGUGGUGUGAUUUCAUCCAGUCUGUGUACAGACCCCCCCCUCCCCUCCGAUUUUUCCUGAGCGGAGGGAGGGGGGUGGUCUGUACACAGGCUAGAUUUCAUCCUUUUGGGCUUUCAGGUUAAAAGCCAUCCACUCUUGAGCAACUGUCGAGUCUCUCUUUGUAACCGCGGUUUGCAAUUCUUUCAAAGCUACUUUCUUUGUCAAAGGAAAUCGUAAUCAAGUGAUGUGACCAUGCAGCUCGAACUUUUCCCCAAUUGUACAAUAAAUAUAUUUUUGGAAUUCUUAUUGGAGGGGUUCUUUAGUAGGUGAAUAAGGAGAGGGGAUCUCUGAGGGGAACUGACCGAGAUUAACUGUACUGCGGUGUGUUUUGUACUUCAGUUAUUGAAAAAUGUACGUGUUUGCACUUUCUUUUCAAUUGAAAUUUCUGGGAAACUGCCCACCUACCCCUCCCUUAAGCCAACAUUAACACUUACUUCUCACUUAGGGCAAAUAUUGGCUUAAGGAAGAGAUAUGUGGGAAGUUUCCCAGAAACCUCACUUUAUCCUUACUUUCUACGAAAUGGACAAUAUUGUCAAAAUGCUGUCAGACAUUGAGCACAGCUUAAGCUAAACUGAUUUAGUUUCCCUGUAUCUUUUUUUAAAUUUAUCAGGCAGCAAAUGGUCACGAUGACUGCGCUGAAUCUCUGUUACACAGGGAAGCAGAUUCUCUUUGUAGGUAGGUUGGAUACGAGUUCGUAAUUAAAGUAAUAUGUAGCGUCAUUUUUGUUUAAUUUCUCCAUAAGUUGUCAAUUAACCCUUUAAACCCUAAGAUCAAAAUCUGAAUUCUCAUUUGUCGCCCCUAUUCAUUUCCUACAGAAGUAGUGGGGAGAAGUUGUUAAAAUAUCAGGCGAAUUCAUCUUGUGUGAUAAUGUCCGUAUUUCUCGUGACCACUCUGUUUUACAAAGCAUUGAUAUUACAAGGAGAAAUUUGAUGCUGAUCACUCUUAAGGCUUAAAGGGUUAAAUAGGAUUGCAUCACUGGAGUGUUACCCUGUUUCUUACCUUUAUGCCCCUCUUUCGUUUUCAGAGAUUGCAAUGGUCGCACACCUCUUCAUUUUGCAGCAGCUUGUGGCCAUGUUGGCAUUCUCAAUGGUCUCUUACAAGUCGUAGGUAGUGGUGUUCACAUGGACAAUCACGGAUACACGCCGCUUCACUGGGCUUGUUUUAACGGUAAGAACUAAUGCCCCCUUCGUGCCAAUUGAAUAGCAUAAUUUAUUAGUUGAGGCAAGCACCGUGAAACAAACAGCGCAGUGUUCGUUUGGUUAUACCUAGAGUAGAAUACCCGCAGGGAAAAACGUUGUUUCUCGGCGAAGGGCCAGCUUGUCUGCAAACCGAGUCUCCCCGCCUCCCCUUUAUUUCUACGCCAAACUGAGCCCGCAGGGACUCCAAAUAUAAUUUUUGAGGACGAGCCCCCUCUUACUUUAGGGUCUGGUAAGCAGGCGGCCACUGAAUCCGCCACGGCACAAUACAUUUUUUUAGGAUUCAGUACGUUUACAAUGCACUGAUUCUUUGCUUGUUUUGUAUACGGGGUUUUCCCUGUACUGUACAUGCAGGGAUACUUCCAGGAUAAGUAAAACUCAAACUUACCGUUAGUUUGACUAGUAUUAGCCAUUUUGAGGCUGCGUUCGACGCUGGGUCGGUGUUGUGUUGAAUUGCACUCUCGGACUGUUUUGGGGGAGAAAUUUGGUCCAGUUUUCUACGCAACCUUGUAAUAGCCAGUAAAAGAAGCGAUAACAAUCUUAAAAUAUACCCAUUGAGUGCCAUUUGCAGCACCAACCAGUGUCAGUCGCUGUGUGGGCCAGCGUAUUGCCUAUUUUGCUGUCUUUGCUAAUAAAUGAACUGCUUCUAAGAGGUAUAUUUCUUAAUGUUGUUUCAUUGACAGGUCAUGAUACUUGCGUGGAUAUCUUGUUAGAGGUACGAAAUACGUUCUCAUCUGUGUGUUCAUUUUGUUACAGUUUGUACGGGGGGCGGGGGGACUGUACUGUCAACAUUUAAAUUCUCAUUUGUUUACCCUAUUCAUUUCCUUUAGAAGUAGUAGGAGGAAACUGUCCCCUGUAAAUUUGUUCUUUUGGCCAUGUCAUUAAUAUUCAUGAUUACUUUGAUUCAUAAAGCUCUGAUAUUAUUUUAAUACAAGGAGCUUAAAGCCAAGGGUUAGGGGACUCUUUUAUAUGAUGCGGAAAUCCCUGUGAACCGACUCAGUUUCAAUAGCAAGUCCCUGUGCUGGCAACUGCAAGCAUAAGUACUCCAGUUAACUUCUUGUACGAACCAACUUCCAAGUAGUUCUAGACACUGGUCAACUUUUGAUUUCAUUCCGACCGACCGAACGCGAACGAACGAACGAACGAACGAUAAUGUCACGGUCCAACUCGGAAAAAGAAAAUUCCGAGUUCCUAAUGAGAUUCAAACCCAUGACCAGUAUUUUGGAAGGCCCUUGGCUCGAUUCCCGUUGUAUUGCAUGUUAUUAAAUUAUAAUUAUAGUGUGGAUCGCACUCAAAAGUGGGUUUGGCCCCACGAUGCAUUGCUUGGGCUCACUGAUUGUCGCACUGUUAAUCUGUUAUUUCUGAAAGGAAAUAUUCUGUAUUUAUCUUUAGGGAGACAAUUCCAAGGCGUUUGAUGGCAAUCCAUUUACGCCACUUCACUGCGCUGUGUAAGUAUUGACUCUUCUCUUGAAUGGAAUUUACCUGGUGUCUCUGUCCCAAAUUACUUAUCUGUGUUUGCGAAUGAAACUGAAACAAGCACCUCAUUUGUCCGGCAUAUUUGGCCAAUCACGGGAUGCAAAAAGGAUUGCCUUUAGUUUGCUUUACAAUAUUAUUUGGUGCUGUGGCGAGAGCACUUGCUUUCCCCCACCUCGUGGGCUGGAUGCCAGUUCCAGUAACGGCGCCAUAAUUUGAAGGUUGAGUUUGCCGGUUCUGUUCUGAAUUAGACUGUUCACAGUCCCCUAUUUUUCCGUGAGAUCGUCGAGAUUAUGCGCGUCAUACCAUUGAUGGCGGCCAUCUUGAUUUUCAAAUGUACCUAGGGGCGGGCGCCUGGGAUUAUAGCUCUAGGGGGAAAUGUUUCUCGCUUCCUCUCAAACCGCCCCAUGCCCCCUAAGUGGUUUUGACACUCAUGCAAGAUGGCAGCCCGUAACGCAAAGCGCUCGAUCUCGACGAUCUUACGCGAAAAUAGGGGACUGUGAACAGUCUAGUUCUGAACACAUCUUUUUUUCAUUUCUUACGCCAGAAUGAAUGAUUUUCCAGUUAUUAGCCUGUUCCAGGCGUUCAGAUAGUAGAGCGCGGGAGAAAAAUUCACGAAGAAAAAAAAAAAAAACGAGGGGAGACUCUCUCGCUCUUGCCCCCCCCCCCGUUUUCCCGGUGUACAACUUAACUCGCUCCCCACUUACCGCCGCGCUCUACUAUCUGAACGCCUGGAACAGGCUAGCCAGUUAUUGGAAAUGUAACACCGCGCAGUGACAAUAUCCGGGUACAUGAUGCGUGGCGACUCCCUAAGAACGUCUGCGUGGGAUGCUAUCCGGGUACAAGGUUGAGUAGAAACUGAACUAAAAGAAAGCUACCAUCUAGAUACAAUUCUAUUUUCCCUUUUUUUUAGGAUAAACGACUACGAAUCCUGUGCAGAAAUGUUGCUAGAUACGCUAGGAGAUGAAAUAGUCAACAUGUGUGAUAAAAAAGACAGGUGGGCAAUAUGAGCUGUUUUGAGUGACGAACGUCAAGCGGAAGUAGACUUUUUGCAUUCUCGGGCAGUGGUUUUCCCAUAAUUCUCAGGUGUCUUCUCUUUAUGAGUUAAGACACUUAGUAAUACAAAUUUACUCACGUAAAGGCACAGUAAAAGGAAGAAGACCACACUUCCGUUUAACGUGCGUCGCUCAAAAAGGUCUUUGCUUAAGCUCCCAAAUGACAUGGAAUCGCACUUUACUUCUUUCAGGUUAAAGUUAAAAAGCUUCUUUGUUGUAAUGUCCUUGUUUACGUUCCAUGGCUACACCCUUAUAUAUUCGACGAGGGGAAAUGCACAACCAAAGGGUCUGUUUUUUUUUUUUUUUACCUUAUUUCAGUUUUGGCUUAAAUUUGGUUGUAGUCGGUUGAGUCUUACCCUUGGUGCCACAGACUUAUCAUGCGCGGCUUCCGUUUUCGAUCAAGUCGCCACCUGUGGCUUUGGUCUUCAGCCAAAGAUGCGUCGGCAUGGUGCAAACACCGCAGUAUAAAAAAACCCGAAGACAUUCUUGAUAGAAUAACAUUUAACGGAAUGCAGGGAACAAACCAGGCGUUGAAAUCAAAGUUAGUCUUAGACAUCCCAUUUUUUUUUCUCUUGAUGGUUACAGAUCACCCUUACACGCCGCAGCAUUUAAUGAUCAGGUAGAAUGUCUUCAGCUUCUUCUGUCCAGAGGAGGAAAUGUUGACGCCGUGGAUCAGAGUGGUAGAACACCUCUCAUUAUGGCCGCUGACAAUGGGCAUGCUGGCGCUGUAGGUAAGUUGGCUCAAGUCAGGGAACAAGAACAAGAAACAGCAUUCGGUGAGAGAAUAUGGCUAAUCUACUAGCUUCAACUUUCCGUGCUGUCUAAACUCAUAUGUUCCCUCAUAGAUUCUGCUCCUCCGAGCUUUCCUUUUAUUAUUUUUAUAGAAACCCUCUAGGCGAAUUCUGCAAUCUAAUGGACUAACGUACGGUUUAUCUUUCGCGUGAUAGACAAUGAUAGAUAGGACCGAUAGACAGCUAGGACAGUAGCAACUCUUUAAACAGAUCGUUUCAGCCGCAAUUCUGAGGAAGAAGUUGGUAAAUGAGUUGUGGUGCUAUCCCCCCCCCAAAAAAAAAAAAAAACCAAAAACAAAACCGCCCCAAAAUACGGAUUGAACAUUCUAAACGCUAAGAAUGGAAAACUUACUUGUUUAUUUCUUACAAACAAACUACGCUUUCAUGAAUAAACUCUUCCACGGUUUUUCCACUUCUGAUAAAGUGCAGUAAGUGAAUACCCAUCGACACUUCUGGAAAGACGGCCUUAAAAGAAAGUAACUUACCUAGUUUAGGGUGGUAGUAGGUCCAAAGAAGGUUAUUGCACUACUAAUUGGCGAAAUCUACAGACGUUUGUGUGGUGGGGAGGGGGGGUGGGGGCACGGGCUUGCCCCCCUUCCCCCACGAUACAAACCUUGGACGAAACAAUGGAUUUGCACAGAUUUGAUCCUUGCACAUAUGUCGCAAAUUAUUUUUUUAGAAGCGGAGGAGUAAAUCUGGGACAAAGAUGGUAAAGGCCACAUUUGCAUACCAGGGGGUGUAAAUUACUAGGCGGAUGUGGCAUUUGCCCCAGAUUUACUCCUCAGUUUUUCCAAAUUUGCGACAUACUUGCAAAGAGGAAAUUUGUGCAUAUCCGUGUUUUCAUCCAGUGAAACGUAUGUAAAAUUCCGCCAUUUUGCGGGACUGUAACUUCUGAACAAAUCACAUUCAAACUUGGCACCUUUACUGAUUUUAAGGCGUUCUUUCCAGCCUGUUGAUGGAUUUUCGCUAACAACCGUUUGUCAAAAGGAAACAAAUUCGCGUAGGGGUCUAUUCAAGCUCAUUCAUGUUUGUUGCAAAUUAAUAUUCUCUUUCCUUUGCAGAAUUUCUUGUUGGCGAUGGUGGAGCGGACAUAAAUGUAGCUGAUAACAAUAAAAAUGCCGCCUUACACGUCGCUUGUAGCCAGGUGAGAAAAAUUCUGUGACGGGAACUUUUUUACGCUUGUGUGGCUCUCUUCUCCGCAGAGGCCUCUUUGCGUUGUAGGGAGGCUGGGGAGAAAGAAAAAGAAAGCGUGCGGGGCACAGUGGGAAGGAGGAAGAGAUAGGAGAGAUUCCCGCCUUUUCGCCCUUCCCAUCGUCCCCCGCGCGCUUUCAAUUUUUCAAUCAUUGCUACUUUUAUUGGCACGAGAUACCCAGCGGCAGCCUCUGCGGCGGAGGAGAGAGCGUGUGUGUAGCCUUCAUUUUCCAAAUUUAUUCUAGAGACGGAUUAUCUGUCAGGCCACUAAUUCGUGGGACAAAUUUUAGAGGGAUUUUUUGUUUCAAGGAAGGGAAAGAAUAGGUACUAGUCAAAACUGAACAGAAAUCCGUCUUCGUUUCCGUCUAGGUUCAAAUUUGAAGACAGAUUAACCGUCAAUGAGGAAUUAUCCAUUUGUUAAGCUACGUGCAAAUGGGCGCAACAACUCCCAACAUUUUUGGGCCAACGGUGCGUCCAUUUGCUCGUAGCUUAAAGUUGGACCGGUUUCAAACUUUGCGCAACACCUCGCGUACUUUCCUUAAAGAACGAAGAAUAUUCACCCAAAAUGCUUCUUGUUCACCCCCAAACUAUACUUAAAGUAAACGAAAUUUAUGUGCAGUUUCACUGCUUGAGUUCGUUUUGAAACGACCAUGCGUAUAAAUGACUUUGUAUCGAAACGACUAGUUUCCCUUUUGACCCCAUGGAAGUAGCAGCUUUUACGGGACUUCAGACCUUAAGGCCCUGUGAUACGAUCGUUUUUUCCUAGCGCGAGGAAUCAUUUACCAGCUCCAAAUUCGAAUUUCAAGGGUUCUAAAAUAUGACACUGAAAGCGCGCAUAUUUUGACUGCGAAAAUGCUGACUUAACGAAUCCUUGAAGUUAACUUUAACUCAUAACUUCAGUUUCUAUACAUUUGUACAUGGGGUGGUUUUGUUUCUAAUCUUGAAUUUUCUUUCUCGAUUAAGUUGUCUUUCAUGAAAAUACCACCAAACAGAAAGGUGGGUUUGGUCUGCUAAGCUGCUAAGUUUACAACAACGUCAUUAAUAAAUGCUCAUGUUCCGCUUCAGGGUAACGCGGCCUGUGCUCUUUUGAUCCUGGACAAAAUGGAGGAUGGCUUUCUCAGUUUGGCAAAUAACGCUCUUCAAACGUAAGUAGACAGCGACAGCUUCGGUAAGAGAAGCCUCCCUCCCUACCAGCGAUAGAGACGCUUGCUCCUCGCAUCUUGCUCUUGUUGCUUAUUCGUUUACUUACGAACCAAUGCGCAAAACGGAAAUUUCAGUAAAUCAAGUUUGUGAUUAAACACGAUCAGUAACGAAGUUUGGAAUUGUUAAAUAUGCCUUUUAGUGCCAAGUUGUUUGAAUAUCUGUUAACCUUAAUAGUGGGUUAACUGCAAACAGAGCAUACGAGUACUUACAGUGACUUAACGUGGAUUUGCUCCACUGACCUAGCCGAACUGUGCCUUUGCUUUGCUUAAUGCUGUUGUUUAUUGUGGGUGGACAAAAGUGUGCUACGUUGAACAGAGGGCGAACCUCUGUCGUAAGCUGCAUAGCAUAUUAGACAUGUACCAUUUUUACACAGCGGUAAAAUUUCAAAGCGGCUCCCUCGCUUUUGCUUCAACAGGCCUUUACACUUAUCCGCACGAAACGGUCUGGUACCAGUUGUCCAGGAGCUAAUAGCCAGAGGCGCCAAUUUACUGACCGAGGAUGAGGACGGUCAUAAUCCCGCUCUCGCUUGUGCCCCCAACCCUCAAGUAGCCGACUGUUUGGCCCUGAUUCUGGUUGCUAUGGUACCGAGCUUAGGGUCUCCUUUGGCUACGUCUGCGCGUCUAGAUAACUCAGAAGACCAUUCCGAUGAAGAGGACGGUAUAGACUUUGCUACGCCUACACAUAAUGCUACAGUGUGACAAGGUUUCACGGGUCUGCAAUUUUUACUCAAUCUAGGAACGUUUUAUAUUGAAUUCUAAUUACUGAGAAGAAUUUCAUCUCUUAACGAGAAAUGUACAGUGCGCUCAGGGGAUGUCUUUUUAUAAUUGGUGUUCAGCCCGGUCAGAAAUGACGUUCGGAUGUUUAAAGCCCUGUGCAAACGGACGCAACAUUGUUGGCCAACAACUCCUAGCAUUGUUGGAUGUUACAUGUUGCGUCCGUUUGUACACCCUGUUGCAUGUUAUAGUAUUGCGUGUUGUUGGCAGUUGUUGCGCAACGCUUGAAACCGGUCAAACUUUUAGCCCCGUGUAAACGAACGCAGCAUUUUUGGCUAACAACUCCCAACAUUUUCGGGAGUUGUUGCGUUCGUUUGCACGUAGGUUAACAGUACUGAGACCAGGACGAAUCAACAAUAUGUAAAAUGUGCUUUGUAACCGUAGACGAUGCGAAUAACUACCACGCAUCAGUGAAAAAGCAAGCCGUGCAACCUUUAAAUAUUCUUGAAUGACAGACAAAGACACGCAAAUAUGUGCUCUUUUGUGAGUUUUUUUUUAAGCAGAGCUCUCUUUUGCCUAUCCCGUUUUGUCGCUGUUUUCAUACUAGGCUUUGAGCUGACUAAACACUUGUCCGUUUUCUUUUGAAAACGUUUGUACCUUUUCGCGUCCACUCAUAGCUUUUCUCGUCGAUUUUGCCGUCCACCGGUAAAGCGACGUGAAAGUGUCUCAAGUUAAAACGCCUGACAUACAAUAAAAUGAUUAUACGACCUGCUGAAUGCGCCACUUUAGAUACGAGGGGGCAUUAAGCCGAGUUAAUUUUCACAAAAAACUGCUGGCAGCGUUACUGGGGACGCGCUGGUCAGACAUCAGCCAUUACCUUUCCUGACCCCAGUAACCACAAGUCUUUGCGAAAGUUAACUCGGAACUAAGGAAACUGGGCAGGGUUAACUUUCGCAAAGAGUUCUGGAACUGUAACUGGGGAAAGGAAAAAAAAGGCUGAUAUCUCGCGAAUACUAAACCUCACUGGAGCGUAUUGUUGCAAAUUACACUUCUUAAAACUUCCGUGUUUCUUCCAUCCAUCUAUCUAAUGAAGUGUGGACAGCAGGCCUUUGCCAAGAGAGAAAACUGUGUGGAGGGAAUUUAGUUCCUAUACGCCACUUGCACAUCUCCGAUAAUGCACCUUAUUUGCCCCUCCCCCCCCCCCAAAUUUUGCAUAACCUUUGUUUUUCAUUUCUUUUUGGUAUUACAGCUGUCCCAAGAGAUAUUGAAAACAAUGCUUAUACAAAGUUUUGGGGGCAAAUAAUGUGCAUU